UGAGUAGCGUGGAGGUUGAUAGUCACUCCCCGAGCCUACUUUUAAUAGCUUUGUCAUGUGAUAGAAAGCAGUUGUAAGAAGACAGGUGCCCUCGGUUCAUUCUCGGCGAGGGGAGCUGCAGUUUUUCUUCGCCAGUGGGGAACUAAAGCGUGCGUGGAUUUGCCUCUCUCUUUUUUUUCUUUUUUCUUUUUUUUUUUUUUUUACUGGCAUUCUUUUUUGUGUGUCAUUUUACGCAUUUUGUUCGCAGCGUGUGCACGGAGGGUUGUGUUUUGUCCUUUUCCGAAGCGUCAUUCAGUGGCUGGAUGGCGUGGGACAGGUGUAACCAGCAGGACUCGGUGUGGAGAGAAUUAGAGUGUGCUGCCUUAGUUGGCGAAGACCAGCCCCUCUGCCCGGACCUCCCCGAACUUGACCUCUCUGAGCUGGACGUCAGCGACCUGGACGCCGACGGCUUCCUGGGCGGCCUCAAGUGGUACAGCGAUCAAUCAGAGAUCAUUUCCACUCAGUAUGGCAACGAGGUCUCCAAUCUUUUCGAGGGGAGGCUUGCCCUGAACAACAUGGCUACCGCCCUGAACCUGGCUUAUUCCAGGGUGUCCCCUGGCUGGCCUUUUGCACCGUUCCCAACUGUCCCCUGACACAAAAUGUAGAGAAUGUAGACCCUAACCACCCCACCUCACCCACGACUGACAUCUCUUCUAAAAAAAAUAAAAAAAAAAGAGGACUGACCGCGAAUGUCGCUCUAUUUUGGGCGUCAGUUGUUAAGGGGGAUGCUUGGUGCAAUGAAGUUCCUGAUGUACUGCCAAAGAUAACAGCAUGGCAGCGUUGACCCAAUGUCUUUUUAACCUGCCAGAUCUCGACUCGGGUUUCAUGCCUGGCUUCAACUUUUCUGAUUGAUGGUGGCGCACUCCCGUGGAAUAGAGUGUGUGGACAUAAGUAUUGGGACACACCUCUUAAUUGAUCAGUAAAUCAGUCAGGAGAUGGUCUUAUUCUUGUGCUUCAACCAGCUAUGCAUUUGUAUGCCACCAGUCUAGUAGAGGGUGCAAUGUUAAUAAUUUACAUUUAAGACAAAACAAAACCUUCCCAAGUUAUAGUAGUUAUUGUUUUAGUGUGUGUCUUUCUGUCUUGUUCCUCUUGUGGCAAUUUUGUCAAUUGCAGUUAAGAUCGAGCCCUAUGAACUCUGCCUGGCAACAGCAGGGACAAGAGUCAAGAUUAAUUAUGUUGGUCUACGUUCCUGUUCCUAUAUGAACUCUGUGUAGGUUUGACGUUGGGCAGCAAUGAGUGAGCUCUAUGAACUAUGCUUGGAAAUAUCAGGAACAAGAAUCAAGAGCAGCUCUGUUGAUCUACGUUCCUAUUCCUGCUGACUUUCUGUCUAGGUUUAGUUUGUCAUAGUAUGAUAAUUGAGUCACUGGGCAGCAAUGAUUGAACUCGGUGAACUCUGCCUGGCAACGACAGGAACACAAAUCAAGAGUAGUCUAGUGUAGUAGAGUUGACUCCUUCACAGUUACAUUUCACAAACUUACAUAGUAGAAAGCAAUAGAUAGACUUCAAAUUAAUCCACAAUGUCAAAAUACAGACAUAUUUAAUGAAUGUGAUCGCUCCCCUGCACGUGAUACAGAGAGCAGAUGAGAACUUGUAAAUGUGGCAACUAUGUAGAGAUGGAAAUUGCAUGCGGCCGCGUAAAGAACACCUGGCAACAACAGGGACAAGAGUCAAGAUUAAUACAGUUUGUCAUUGUUCCUGUUUCUGCCGACUCGCUGUCUAGAGUCAGUAAGUCAUUAAAACCUACUUGCAAAUGGCAGUUUUGUCAUUGGGUAGCAAUGAUUGAGUCCUAAGAGUUCUGCCUAGCUACAGGAACAAGUAUCAAGAAUAAUUAUGUUGGUUCCUGUUCCUGCUGACUGUCAUUCUCUAGGGCUAGUUUGUCAUUCAAACAGCCCAGUGUAUGCUGAUUUUGUCGUUGGGCAACUAUGAUUGAGCCCUAUGAACUUCAGCAUGAGCAAGAAUCAAGAGUAAUUAUAUCGGUCUACUUUCCUAUUCCUGCUGACUUUCUGUCCAGGGUCCGUAAAUCAUUCAAGCAGCCGAGUGUAUGAUAAUUUUGACGUUGGGCAGCAAUGAUUGAGCCUUAUGAAUUCGCCUUUCAGCAAGUGUCCAGAAAAGGGAACACAAAUCUGAGUAGUUCGUCUGUUACAUUCCUGUUCCUGCUGACUCCAUAUGGCGAUUUUGUUAUUGCACAGUUAUAAUUGACUUCUGCCUCGCAAAAAGAGAAGCAUAAUAGCUAUACAAUAAGUCCCCAACUAACGAACACAAUUGGUUCCAGACGACCAUUCUUAAGUCGAAUCGUUCUUAAGUCGGGGAAAAGGUAAUAUUACCAAUUAUAUAGGUACUACAUGCACGUGUAUACAUAUACAGUAUAUGCGUAUGUAUGUAAAUAUGAGUUUGGAUUCAGUAGUAAUAUUAAACGAGGAUAAUUAAUGAAAAAAACAAUAAUAAAAAUGAUAUAAUAAUACGUAAUGAUAAAUGUUGUUUACCUUUGAAGAGCAGUGGUCGAGCAUACGUCGUUGGUGGUAGUGGUGGAGCAGGAGGAGGAAUUAUUGAAGAAAGGACAAAUCUUCAUCGUCGUUAGACUCCUCUUUGUAAUGAUAGUGGAUGCCAUUGGUAAAGAAGUCUUCACAUGUUCCAUAAUUCGAACCUUGCCUUUGUAAAUUGUUCCUAUGGUUGAGCGAUUCACUCCAUAAGCACGCGCUACAUUAGCCAUUUUCCCGCCACCGUCCAACUUCCUGAUGGUGGCCACCUUCGUUUCCAUAGAAAUUGCUUGACGUUUCCUGCUACUACUACUAGCACUUGCACUCGAUUAAUCAGCCAUGAUAAAGGAUAACAAAUGUCUCUGUAAAGUAUUGAAUGGGGUACAAACGGCGUGCUCCGAGAUGUUAUCAGCGACAAGUGCAGACGAACUGAGAAAGAUCGCGUGAGAGGGAUGCUGCUACCCACCAAGCAUAGCGGUGGAAUGACGCGCAAUACAAAAAUAGCGCCAUAAUAUUUCGAAAUAAUUUAAAUGACAAAAUAUGGCAAUUUUCGAAAAAAAUCAUGAAAAAAAUAGACCAGUCGGCUUGUGUUCGUAUCUACGAGUGUUCGCACGUCGGAUGUUCGUUAGUAGGGAACUUAGUGUAUAAUAAUGAAUAGCUUCUGUUCCUGCUAAAACAACGUUUUUGUUGUUGUUGUGAUUUAUACCAUACCAUGUUGUGAUUCAUACCAUGGCAAGAACAGAAACAAUGAUUGUCUUCCUUGCCUAACGUAGCUAGCUGCCUAGUGCCAGGGCAAAUUCAUGUCACAGCCAGGUGUCCCAGGACCCGUGUCCAUGAUGAGGCAGACAGACAGACACGAGGACAGAUGGGCAGAGAAGGCGAGGUUUGGGCUUCAUGCCAGCCCAAAUCAAAGCCCACGGAUUGGAAGUAAAAGGUUGUGGGCUUUGCAGCUAGUAAAAGCAAAUGCCAAGGCUUUAGAGCCUUACCAAGAUAGUGUGUGUGGACAUUCUGCAAGCAUGCGAUCACGCGUCGCCGAGCUCUGUCGCUCAUGCAGUUUGACGGCCUUCGUUCUCCUGAAGGCAUCGGGGAUGCUUUGAGCAUCUUUCUUUGGGAUUAGAUUGAUUGGUACAAAAAAAAGUGAAUAAGCAAUUAUUAUAAGCUUGCACACAGCAGAGACUCUUAUUGUUCCUGUUCCUGCACCCUGCUGAGUGUUUUUUUUUUAUUUUGCAAAUUUAUGCUGACAUUUGAGAAUGCACCGCCCACACCGGUUCACCGCUCCUGCGAAAGGAGUGUAUGAAUUAUAAUAUUCUCACUGUGAGCCUCAGCAGAAUACACUAUCCCUACGUUUCUCAUGCUGAGACACUGUUUGGACCGUCUACUCAGAGGAACUCCUCAAUGCAAUUUUUGCAGUAAAAAAAAACAGGAGUGCACUCUUUGACCAGCCUUUUUGCAGUAGUUCCUUAAAAACAGCAGCACUGCUGCCAUAAAGAGGAUCUUUGGCUCACGUUGCAGUAGGUCCUUAAGAAGAGAGGAGCGGUCCUGUCACAUUGAAGAUCUUUCACUAGCACAUUUUCAGUAGUUGCUUAAAAACAGCAGGACAGGAAGGAAGAUCCUAAUCCUGUUCUCGGCCACAUGUUGCCAGUGUGCUCAAUCAGAACUGCCAUAACACCACAGAUUCCUCAGUGUUUGUAUGUGUCACCAGCCUUAUGCUAUAUAAUCCUGGACAUCAUGCCUACUAAUUAAGCUCAUUUCAUUUGCAAAUCCAGUGAAAAUACUCACAGGAUUCAUUAUCUUAACCUAGGAUAAACUCUUUUUACCUAUUGGAGCCUCAAUAUUGACUAUAUUAUUUGUUAGGGCGCACAAUAGCUGCCAUUUUUCUUUCUCUGUUUCGUGCAAAUAGGGACUCUAGCACUGUUAAAUAAUACAAGCAGUGUUGGCACUAUCGCGUGGCAUCAUGGCAACAUGUGUGUGUGAGAGUGUGUGUGUGGUGUGUGAGAGAGUCUGGGGGAGGGUUGGAUUAUUGGCUUAGUGUUUUGGCCAGGUUAACGUGAAACAGCCCUGAAAGGCUCUUAGCUGAGAUUACCCCCUUUGGCUAAAAAUAGACAUCACCACCACCCAACACACACACACACACACACACACACACACACUCUCACAUGCACACACAUCGGCUAGAAAAGACCACUAUUUGAUCUGUGUAUUGUAAGUUUCAAUUACACAUACACAUGCACCUGUAGACAGUGGUGGUGGAAGAGAUCCACUGGGGGCUUUGGGAUCAGCUGGACAGGAUCACUAAAGCAAUCAUCAGCAGCAUCCCACUGGGACCACCACGUGUGUGUAUGUGUGUGUGUGUUUGUGAGCAUGUAGGAGAGAGCGGUGUGCGUGUGCGUGUGUGUGUGUGUGUGUGUGUGUGUGUGUGUAGGAGAGACCGCAUGACAGGCAAGCAGAUCAAAAAAUGCUCUUUUUCCAAACAUUCCCAGAAGAGAUUAUUGUUUUGGACCAAACCACCUUCUUCUUCUUCCUAUUCCCGACUAGAAACAAAUCCCUCGCCUCGGGGAGCUAAAGGAGGCAAGUGGAUGUGACAGACGCUCCGAAACGAUACCGGCUUGGACAGCUCCAUCUCAUUUGUAUCACCACAAGAGGCUGUUUUUAAGAACCCACUGCAAAAACACUAGUCAAAGAGUCCUCAAUACGAUAGGUGCGCUGCUGUUUUUGAGGAUGUACUGAAAAAAAUGCUAAAGAUCUUCUAUGUGACAGAAGCGCUCUUCUGUUUUUAAGGAUCGACUGCAAAAAUGCUAUUCCAAGAUCAUCUAUAUGACAGGCCCGCUUUGCUGUUUAAGAACCUACUGCUAGUCAGAGAUCCUCGAUAUGAUAAGACUGCUUUCUGCUGUUUUUAAGGACCUACUGCAAACGUACUAGUCAAAUAUCCCUCUGUAUGACAGGAGUGAUCUGCCCUUUUUAAGGACCUUCAGCUAAUCAAAGAUCCUCUAUAUAAAAACAGUGCUCUGUUUUUAAGGACCUACUGCCGUCAAAGAUCCUCUAUAUAACAGGUCCGCGUUGCUGUUUUUAAGGACCUAUUGCUUGGUCAAAGACGCUCCAUAUGACAGGAGCGCGCUGCUGUUUUUAAGGACCUACUGCAAAAACACUUGUCAAAGAUUGCCGAUGUGACAGAAACGGCAGUGGCUCAGGAGGUAGAGCAGGUCAUCCAGAAACCGGAGGGUUAGCGGUUUCCCCAUUCCAGUCACUGCUGUUAUGCCCUUGGGCAAGACAUUUCAGUGCUGCCCACCCACACUGAUGUAUGAAUGUGAACGAAUGUUUAGUGGUGGCCGGAGACGCCGUUGGCACGAAUUGGCAGCCACAUUUCCGUCAGUCUGCUCCACGGCAGCUGUAGAUACAGAUGGCUGUACCUUACCACCACCAGUGUGUGACUGUGGCGUGAAUGAAUAAUGGGUUUCACUGUGAAUUGCUUUGGGUAUCUUGAUAGACGCUAUAUAAAUCCAAUCCAUGAUUAAGUGUUUUAAGGACCUACUGCUAAACAAACAAUAUAAUCACAGCCUAAAUUCCAGGAAGACUAAAUCAAAGUCUGCCAUGGUGAUCGGGUGCCAGUCAUGGACCGGUCAACAUAUGUCAGCGAAGGUGAAGGUGGCAGGAAGAGAUGGAUCGGAACGUCCCGCCAAAGACCUCUGCCCAUUUAGCAUGAACUCACUGGAAUGGAGAGAGGGGUGAUUAUGGGCCAUGUGCAGUCAUGCAACCAUACAUUCAGAGUCCCACUUGUGCAUCUGACAGUGUUCCAAACCAUAAAAGUAAAUGUUAAACUUGUGUCCCGGCCGGCAGAGGCUGUGAUUAGCUUUAAUAAAUAGCAGCUACUUAGCAGUAUAUCCUUAAAAAUAGCAGAGCACAGUCAAGUAGAGGAUCUUUGACUACUUUUCCAGUAGGUACUUUAAAGCGGAGCUGCCCAGUUACACAGACGAUCUUAGACAAGCCUUUUUUUUUGCAGUCCAUCCUUAAAACCAGCAGAGCACUUCUGCCGCAUAGAGGGUCUUUGACUAGCGAAAGUGGCACUAAUUCUAUUUUCACGUCCUGUUUUAACAAGCAGAUGUCCCAAUACUUGUGUCCAUAUGUGUUCUCCAAAAACGAAGCUUGUCACAGCUUUGUUCUCCUCACUUGAAAAGAUGAACGCCAUGCAAAGGCCAGUGAAGUGCGGCCCAUAUGGCACAUGAAAGUGCACAACAAUAAAGAAUAAAAAACUAGCUCAGAUAGCAUGCUUGCAAUGUCAUGACCGAGCGAGAGAAGAGACCCUCCUCUACCUGCUUCCAGGCACCCCCCCGCACACACCCACACACACAAAUGAAGGUAAAAAGAUAAUGCAUUUAUUUGCUAAUCAGCAAAUAGCUUUUAGCCGCAGGCUAAGUGGUGGAGACUGUGAGGCCUUGAUAAGAUCGUGUGCUUUCAGGUGUUUCCCUGUCACACCGCCAUUGAGUGCAAAUUGAAUACGCUGACCUUCUUUCGCCGCCACAAUCAAAUGACUGCAUUUCCCCCCCAAAAAGAUUGUGUCAUUUCAAUUACCAUACAUCUGUGAUAUUGCCCCCUCCCCCUUAUGUUUCCCGUGCAUGCAGUGACAAUGAUGUCUACAAUGUGUUUAGAGCAGCACAUUAGCGUCCUUCCGAAGACAAAAGACAAACACCUCAGACUAUCGAUAUGCUUUCAGGGCCUCGAAGGGCACACACGAUGCGUUUGUGUACGGGCGGUGUCCUCAGUGACUAACUGGAGUACUUCCUGCUCUCCUUGCUAGUCCAACGACACAUGCAAGUAUUGGUCAGGCUACAUGUCAAUCAGUAAAAACAGCACCGGUAAUUGAUCGGUCACAUGAUUUAGUCUUCAUGCAAACAUUGGUCAGUCUAAAUGUCAAUCGUUGCAUUGUUUCACCAGUGUUUAGUCAGUAGUGCACACAUCCAAUAAUUGGUUAAUCUAAAGCACCAGUUAUUAGUCGGUCAUGCAAUUUAGUCAUUUUGCAAACAUCAGUCAGUUACUACCUAGAGUAGUGGUCAUUUAUGAGUGAUUAGUCAUUGUUGUAUUCAAUUGUAUACAUUGUAUUCAAUAUUUUAGGUCUGCAUGACGAUAAGGACGCUUGCAAUGUGCAAUUGGCGAGUCAUGCGAUUUAGUCUUCAUGCAAACUUUGGUCAGUCAUGUCUAGCACCAGUUAUUGGCCGAUGAUUGGACUGGUUUAAUUUGUCAGCCAAGUGACUCAUGUUGCAUGCAAACAUUGAUCGGUCUAUAUAUGUCAGUCAUUACAUGGCGCACCAGUCAUUGAAUCAUUCAAACAGUGGUCUGUUCAAAUGCCCUCUAAUUGGUCAGUCAGGUGACGGAUUAUGCAUGUAAACAUUGGUGGGUCUACAUGGCAGUCAUUAGAUACAGCGUCAAUUAUUGGAUUCAUUCAAACAUUGGUCAGUCUAAAUGCCCAGUAAUUGGUCCGUCAUGUGAAUUAUAAUUGCUGGGAUGCAACCAUGUGACGUAGAGCUAGUCUGUGUUAUUUCCGGCAUGACGCUUGGAGGGCAAACGUUCAAUAUGACCACAUACACACUCAGUAUCUUUGUACAAUGUUUGACAGAUUCAUGUGAAUAAUGGUGCAUUACACAAUUCCAAUUGUUUGCUGUUUGCUGUUAUGAGUGUGCAUGAUGUGCUGCAUUGAGACAUGAAAUAGUUGAAAACGAGGCGAUCAAACAGCGGUGAAAGCUUAUCUCCAUCAUCAGACGUCAGGAAUGUAUCAGAUGAAGAUAACGCUUCCAACAUGUCUGUCUGCGUUCUUACACCAAGUCGACCUGAAUGAAUACAUUCUUGUAUAUGUCCUUCGUUGUUUCGCUGCUGUCUUUCCAUGGGGUGUAUGAGCUAGUGUUGUCUAAAACCUAAAUUAUUUAAUUGAUUAUGUUACAUUUUUCAAGUAAUUAAUGCAUGUACAUCAUAGCAAGCCACUCCUUUCUGCUAUGACGGCAGACGGACGCACAGUGUGGCGUCCCCACAGAGUGACUAUUUUAUUGUAACUGUAUUUUUACCUCAACACAUACUGUAUAUAUAUCUGUACAUGUAUCUCCAACUUGCAAACAGUCUCUCCUUCUCAUCUCAUUCACAUCACACUCGCGCAAGGUGCAUUCACGGAUAUUCCGAACUCCGAACAUCACAGCAACAUCUUUAUUAUGCGUGCAUGUGUGGUCUAAUGAAACAGAAAGACAAAGACAAACAAUACGCGGAUAUUCUUAUCACAAAAUUUGAUAACGCCACCUUGCCGUUGCCAUGUGGACAAGCAAAACACUACUUUCUGAAAAUGAUUACGUUACCGCACUGUCGCGUCACAUGACCAAAAGUGACCGAAAAGCCAUUAUAAUCGACUGACUCCCAUUGAGUCCUGAUAUUGUUUUGUCUUAUAUACCAAUGUCGUCAGUCCAGGCAAGCUGGAGAAGCGGAAGUCAACGCAUACGUUUUUUUUUCAUAGUUUUGGUGUGCCACGUGGUUCUGUCUGCCCCUCUGUUUCCAUUACCACAUGUAGGUGUGCCCUAUGUAUGACAUUGUUUUUAACCAAUGAUCCAUUCUCAUGUGUAGAUGACUAUUUGCUGAUUCGACACUGUGUGGACGCAAUUUUUGUUCAACACAUAAAAAAAAAACCACAAACAAAACAGGAGAACAGAGCCCUAGUAAUAACUUAUUCCUAAAAUCCCUAUUUGAACGAUGUCCAUAUGCGAGAAUAGCGUAUGUAUGUAUGCUUAUUUGACCUGAAUCGUGACGACGGCAACCGGACGCGACAUGACGUGCAACCCAGCAGUUUAUAUUAUGCAGUGUUUAUGGGCACAUGGCUGCACAUAACUCUAUCUAGAGUACGUUGCUGGGUCCUGUGUCCCGUUUGAUCCACUGAACCCGUUUAUUGGCUUACUAGAAGCUUCUACACAAGCUACACUUGCAGAUGUGAGCUACUUCAAGUUUUUGCAGCAGCAAGAGGGUGAUGCUGCUUCUAACAGGAAGAAGAAAGAACAUCCCCGCUUACAUCCCCAGGGUAGGUGUCUCAAUCGGAUGUGGUCAGGAUGUGCUACAACGCACACAUCUAUACAUUCAUAUAUAUAUACUUAUAUAGCGCCUCUUCUCACUUUCACUUUCCCUCUCUUGUCCCCCACGUCAGCUCAUGUGAUAGCGUUCUAACAGUCUCCAAUGGUUCCCAGGAGAUAUAUCAUCCCUGCACACACACACACACAUCAUUGAUGGGUCAAACCAUUUCCUCUGUGAUGUAUUACUCGCAUGGCCUUCUAAACCCAGACAGACAUCUGGCAUAUAAAUAGCUGGCGUGCUCUCGCCUAAUGUCAAUUCACCCGCAUAGCUUUCGUGUUUUAACAAGGAGACUUCCGAGUGGUGAAUUCCGAGCAGGACUAAUGGAUUAUUGCAAAGUCGCGGUAGCACCGCCAGUCAAAUGAUUGCAACGGGAGUAACUUCUGAUGAUAAGAAGUGCCGGUUGGUUGCUAUUUUUAAAGCUGCUUCGCUGCUUCUGCUGGCCAGGACAGAGUUUAACAUAUAGUUUUAUGGUUUAGACCUACUGCAAAAUGCUAGUCGUAUCAGGCAGUAGGUCCAAACAGUGCUCCUGUCAUACAGAGGACUGUGUAGGAGGUACUGAAAAACAGCAGAGCACUCCUGUCACAUGAAGAAUCUUUGACUAGCAUGUUUGCAGUAGUUCCUCAAAAACAGCAGAGCACAGAGCAAAAGGAUUUUUGAUUAGAAUUUUUGCAGCAGGUACUUAAAAAAGCAAUGUGCUCAUGUUAGAUAAAGGAUUUUUGACUUGCCUUUCUGCAAUAGGUCCUUAUAAACAGCAGACCGCUCCUUGUCAUAUUGAGGAUCUUUGACUAGUAUUUUUGCUGUCGGUACUUACAAACAACAGAGUGCUCCUGUUACAUUGACAAUCUUUGACUUACUUUUUUGCAGUACUUUGAACGCUGUGAUUAGUCAUUAGUGUAAUCUGAAGCAAUGCCAAGCUGCAAGUUUGUGCAAAACAAGAAUAAACUGUCGAUGACCCACUUAAUUUUUUUUUACACAUUUUGAUUCUUUUGGUUCCUUUUUAACAUAUAAAUGAUCUACAGCUCCCUGGCCAAAAAGCAAUUUACAUUUGUUUGGGUUCUGGCAAUUAGCAGAUUUAAUUUAAACUUUUGGUGUUUGUUUAAAGCAGCUCCUUUCACCUUUCUUCCAGAGUUAUCGGUCUUGUGAAUAGUAUCUGCUGGCACACAAUGGCGCAGUGUGAAACUCAAUAAAAUAGUUAAUGGCAAGGACAAUCUGAAAGAAAGCCCUACCUGAUAACGAAAGGACCUCACCUCAUAAUGAACAAGCGCCUUUCUUUGCUGGGAUGCGGGGUAAAGGAGGCGGGAAAGGCGGGAGGAGAAGCUCUGGCAAGCACUUGCCAGCAUGUUUUAUGGCUAAUUGAAGCAUUUGGAAUAAAACAGCCACAUAAUGGCACCCUUUAGGAUUGGAACCGGGUUAAUAUAUUGUGAUCUCCUCAAUUAGCCCGGGAUUGUUAAGAUAUCUUUAAUUUGGUGAAGUCCAUUAAGCGGGAUGACCGAGAAAGUGUUCCCACAGAGACGUAAGCCCCACCACCAAAUCACUUUCUCUUUGUUCCUCACGUCCCCUUUUUUCGCUCUACAGCUCAGUAGUAAUCAAUAGAAGUGACAGGAACCCUUCAGUGCCAUCCACAUCAUCCUGCUCCUGUUCGUUGACGCUCAUCUAUAAUGUCUUGAAAA